AUGGAGUUGAACAGCACUGUGACUGAGUUCAUUCUGCUCGGGUUAACACAGGACAUUCUGAAGGAGAAAUUAGUGUUCGUGAUCUUCUUGUUUCUCUACCUUGCAACUCUGUUCGCGAACUUAUUUAUUGUGAUGACCAUCAGAUACAGCCGGAUGUUAGGAGGCCCCAUGUACUUCUUCCUUUUCUACUUGUUCUUUGCUGAUGCCUGCUACUCAACAACCACAGUUCCCAGGUUGAUUUUACAUGCUAUAUCUAAGAAAGUCAUCUCCUACAAUGAACGCAUGGCUCAGAUUUUUGCAGGUCAUUUUUUUGGGUGCAUGGAGAUCUUUGUGCUCAUACUCAUGUCCUUUGAUCUCUAUGUGGCCAUUUGCAAACCCCUGAGAUACACAACCAUCAUGAGUCAGCGUGUCUGUGGUGCAUUGUUGAAUCUGGCCUGGGAUGGCCUUUCUCUCCAUGGUGUUGUAACUUCCACCAAGGUGAUUGGGCGGGGAUGUGCAAAUAACAUAAUUGUGGCCCACCAGAGGAUUGAUCAGUUUUGCUUUAAAAGAGAGCCAAUUCCAGAGCAGAAAGAAGAGCCCACCACCACACAGGAAGGAGAGACCUGCAGGAGAGUCCUGCAGGUGAGGCCUGCAGGAGAUGGCACAGCCGGCUUCCUGGCCCACAGAGUGAGAAAGCUGAGUGCUGUUGGGCAGAGGCUGAGGGCCAGAGAAAAGCCUAUGCCUGACCCACGAAUUUGGGACUUGUCAGCCUCCAGAACUGCAUGA